AUGGAACGAUACAGCGAUAACUUAGAAGAAAUAAUGAAAACCGAAGAAAUCGAUUAUGAUGAUGUGCAACUAGGUCCAGCGGACUUAGGAAAAAACGUAUUCGAAGCGGGUCAAAGACAUGGAAUCUGUCAAAUUUGUCAAAAAACGGAGUUCUCGAAAAAUAUGAAACGAAUGAAUAAAGAGAGCGAUCGAUUGGUGAUCGGAUCGAUUUUCCAGAGCGAUUUUGCGUCUCCAGAGUGGCAUGACUAUUUUCUGAAUCACAGCACACAAAUCUGUUUGUCCCAUUUGGCAGUGGCCAUGCAAAGGAUUCGUGUGCUACUGGAAAAUCCAAAAUCGAUUGAAAAUUGGAAAACGGAACGAUCGAUAUUAUCGAAAUGGUCGAAUGAGGAAAUGCUGAAAGUGAUGACCGAUUGUGAGAGACGAAAUCAAAGGACUAUAAAUGAAAAACCGCAAUAUCGCAAUGACUAUCGCCGCUGUGCAGUGUGCAAUUCGCUUAAAGGAAAAUGGGAUUUAGGAGUUGUGAAAUCGAAAAAUGUGAAGAUGAUUAUUAUGCUGGGAUGUGUGCUAAACGGCAGUUUCACCUAUGAAGACUCGCAAGAUUUCGUCGCAAAACCACAAAUUGCCUAUGUCUGCCACUCGGAUUUUUUAGUCUCGUUUCAAGAAAUCAUUGGAUUUAUGAAAAUCGAUAAUGUCGAUCAAUUUUUGAGCUGCUCGAAAGAAGACAUUCAGAGCUUGAUGGAAGACGUCACUUGCAUGUGUCCAGAGAUGAAAUUGGCGGAAUUCGCUCGAGAAUUGAGCAAAUAUAGUUGGAGAAUCAGACAUUUUACGGCAUAG